AUGAACAACCGCAUGACCCGCAUCCGCGUGGCUGCUCUUCUUCUCACCGUAUGCCUACUCCUUGCUACCAAUGCACAAUGCCGGAUCAUCGACGUCAGCGGCGACGAGAAGGUUAGUCUGCCCAAUGGCCUGUGCGCCUACAAGAAAGACUGGGCAUUCUGCAAACUCGACAUACCGUUGUGCUACUGCUGCUUGGCAGGUGAUGCAUAUUGCUACGCGACGAUGAAGAUAUGCAAGAAGGAGUGCCCCUUGGCUUCGGCACCCGAAGGGGCCUCUCCUUGA